ACACUUAGAGGGACUUGACUCUCCUCUUCGUGAGCUCCACCACUGUGCCAAAUCUCUGUCUCUCUCUGCGCCUAAAUUUUAAGCCAAAAUGCAUACUCUUACCAAAUCGUAUAAGAUAAGUAGUUCUAGUGGUGGUGGUGGUGGUGGUGGUAGUGGUUCUUUUGGAUUUUCACAACGAUCACUUGGUGGAUCAUUUGGUAGUGGUAGAGGGCAAUUUUCCGGACAUUCACUUGGUGGUUUUCAGAAAAGCAGAGUUAGCGUAGGUGUUGGUGGUGGAGGUGGUGGCUCGAUGUAUGGCAUCGCUAUGAGAAGUGGCUAUGGAGGUGGAGGUGGUGGUGGCUAUGGAGGUGGAGGUGGCUAUGGAGGUGGUGCUGCCGGAAUGGGCUCUGUCUUCGGUAUGGGUGGUGGUGGCGGCGGUCCGAUCGUAGCGACUCAGAUCCAAAAUGUCCAGUGCAACCAGAGCCUGCUGACUCCUGUCAACAUUGAAAUCGACCCCAGUUUCCAGGCGGUCCGUAUGAAAGAAAAAGAUGACAUCAAGGUCCUGAACAACCGCUUCGUCGGCUUAAUUGACAGAGUUCGCUUCUUGGAGCAGCAGAACAAAAUGCUGGAAACCAAAUGGAGCCUCCUGCAGGAGCAGACGACAGCCCGCUCCAACAUUGAUGCCAUGUUCGAGGGCUACAUCUCUAACUUGCGCAGAAUGCUGGACGGGCUCGGAAACGAGAAGAUCAAACUGGAAGGAGAGCUGAAGAACAUGCAGGGCCUGGUUGAGGACUUCAAGACAAAGUAUGAAGAUGAAAUCAACAAGCGUGCUGCCGUGGAGAAUGACUUUGUGCUGCUCAAGAAGGAUGUAGAUGCAGCCUACAUGAACAAGGUUGAGCUGGAAGCCAAAGUGGACUCCCUUCAGGAUGAGAUUAACUUCCUCAGGACAGUCUAUGAAGCGGAACUGCGUGAGCUCCAGGGCCAGAUCAAAGACACCUCAGUCAUUAUUGAGAUGAACAACUCCCGUGAAUUGGACAUGGACGCAGUUGUGGCUGAAGUGCGGCAGCAGUUUGAGGAAGUUGCUGCCAAAAACCGUGCUGACACUGAGAAUUGGUACACCCAGAAGUUCGAAGAGAUGCAGACUUCUGCAAUGCAGUAUGGAGAUGAUCUUCGCAGCACAAAAGCUGAGAUUGCUGAGCUCAACCGCAUGAUAAGCCGCCUUCAGAAUGAAAUUGAGGCAGUCAAAGCACAGCGUGCCAACCUGGAAGCCCAAAUUGCUGAGGCUGAGGAGCGCGGUGAGCUGGCAGUGAAGGACGCUAAAGCCCGAAUCAAAGACCUCGAGGAAGCCCUGCAAAGAGCCAAACAGGACAUGGCACGCCAAGUCCGUGAGUACCAAGAGCUGAUGAAUGUCAAGCUGGCCCUGGACAUUGAGAUUGCCACCUACAAGAAGCUUCUGGAAGGAGAGGAAAUUAGAAUUUCCUCCGGACCAAGUGCAACUGUCCAUGUGCAACAAUCCACAACCAGCUAUGGUGGUGGCGGCGGUGGCGGCGGCGGCGGCAUGAUGUUGGGCGGGGGCGGAGGCGGCGGCGGCGGCAUGAUGUUUGGUGGAAGCGGCGGUGGAAUGGCCUAUGGUGGCGGAAUGGCCUAUGGCAGUGGUGGCAGUAUGAUAGGAGGCGGCGGCGGCGGCAGCUCAUUCAGCAGAAGCAGCACCUCCUACUCGAGCAACUUAAAACGCUACUGAAAACAUUAUAUCUACAAACAUUGUCUUUUUCUUCACUUUCCUUUGUUCUUCUUCUCCCUUUCCUCCUCUCCUUUCAUCACGUACUCAUGUGACUUUCUGGAAGCUACGCCACCUCUUCCACUCCAAACACAAAGCAGCACCACCACCACCCACACUGCUGCCUCCUAUCUUUGACACCCACUACCUUCAGAGAGUCAGAGAUGACAUCACAGUCCAAGUAAACGCAGAGAGAUGUUUGUACCCAAACCAAUCAGCAGAAGAGCUGAGAGCCAGUUCACUCGUUCUUGAAUCAGUCAGCCUGGCUGUCUUUUGGUUGCCCGAUAUGCUGUCAAAUAGACGAGAGUAUGUUUGUAGUAUCACGACAGAGAGUCCUCACAAGGCAACGAUGGCACACAAAAUGAUUCCAGCAGUUUGUAGCACUGAAGGAUCUCCAGAUGUUGUGACUCACUUUGAAUGUAGUGUCACAUAUUAAACAUCUCUUUCCUGCUACGUCUCCUCUGUUGGUUCUCUUACAGUGUGUUUUGACAUCAUCAAAAGCAGCUACAUACAAUGUUGUUGUUGUUUUUUUUUUGUUGUUUUUUGGCUUUUAUUUGGGGGGUGCAGGGGAGUCCUUUUCCCACUGCAGCAUGCUGAUGGUGUUUUUGAUCCUGUUAUAAUUCCAUGAUUGCUAUGAGUUACCAAAAUGGAAAAAGGCUGACUGUGACAACCAGAUUUAUUAUAAGUGAAAAAGUGCCACCAGAAACAUUUGAAAUAAAUCUGAGUUCAAUAUUCA